AUGCCCCAUAAUAAACUACCAACUUUCCCAAUCCCAGAUGUCAGGUUUUCCAACGUAUUUUAUACUGCGUUGGCCAAAGAAACAAAAAGACAAAAGUUAAAUGAUCCUAACUUUAAAAUAAUUACAAAGGUGUUAUUAAGAGACGUCAUUCUAAUGCCAUUUAUACAAAGUAUAGUCUGGACAGGGUUUAUUAUAUCUUUUAAACCAACUCUAAAACAGCUCGUUCAAUCAACCAAAUCGUUCAAUACGUUUAUCUACAGCUUGAUAACAGGAAAUGAUCUUCACAAGCAGUAA